CCAUGGUUCUGGAGGACGAGAGCAGUGACGACAACUCAAGCCUCCCGUACAUGCACUCCGAAACCUCCACCGAUGGGCUGAACCAGGUGCCUUUCUCUCUUGAGGACCCGGAUUACAAGGGUCUUGAGCUAGAUCUGAUAGUGUUGUGCGAGAAGCAUGGGAAGCCAUCAGAGAGGCUUGUUGCGUUUGAAGGAACAAUGACUGGGAGAAGGUUCUUAGCAUGUGCAGAGCCGGAAGGUCAGAAUUGUGGGUUUGUUCAGUGGGUUGAUGAGCAGUGGCCCCCAACAAUGGAGAAUGCAUUGCUGAAGCUUUGGUCAAUGGUUGAAGAGAGCAAGUCUGCUAGGGUGAAUGAUAAUCUUCAAAGUGCUCUAACUAUUCAUCAGUUGACAGAAGAAAAGAACAAGCUGGAUGCAGACUAUGACAAGUUAGUGAAAGAUGUGCAUCAACUUGUGGACUUUCAGCAGGAUAGGGUUGUGGAUUUCAGUUAUCUGCAGUCUGCUGUCACAUAUCAGCACCAAUGCAGAGCUGAAUUGGUGGCUGGUAUGAAUGCAGAAAUGGCAAAGAAAGAUGCAUCUGCACAGAAGCUUCAACAAAAGUAUGAACUCCUGUGCAACCUGACAAGUGCUCAAGCAACUGUCAUCCAAAACUUGAAGUUGAAGAAUAUGAAAGAGAAGGAAUUGUUGAGUGAGGGUAGGAUGAAUUUGGAGUUGAAGAAUGCAGAGUUCACAAAGUUUGAGGAGAAGCUCACCCAAGAGAAGCUAGAGUUUAAGCUCCAGGUUGCUGAUCUGCUGAAGCUCAAGGAAAACCAUAAUGAAGAGAAGCAGAUGCAAGAGUUUAAGAUUACUGAGCUCAUCAAGGCAGAGGAGAAGCUGAAGGAGAAGAUCAAGGGGAUCCAGGCCAUCUUGCAGAACUGA